UAUUGGCUAUAUUUUAAUAUUAUUUCUUUUAUUUUGUAAUAACUUUAUUUUUAUUUUUAAGAUCAUAAAAUUGAAUUUUUUAAUAAUUUAAUAAUGAUUUUUCGUAUUUUUUUAAUCAUUUUUUAAAAUAUUAUUAUUUUCAUUAAAAUCAUGAUUUUAUACUUUAAAUACUAAAAAAAAUCACAAACAUUUAUAAAUCUCGAAAAAUAGAAAGUUUUAAUUAUAAUUUGGUAUUUCUAGUAUGUUAUUUGUCUUAAGGAGCAAGAAAUAACAUAUUAGGAUUUCUUUUUUCAAUCAAUUUUAAUCAAGUCGUUUAUGAUAAUUGUUUUUACCAUUUCUAGUUUUAGGUCUAAUUUUUUCCACUUAUAAAUACCACAUCAAAGUUCAUAUAAGAGGAGGCCAAUUCACAAGCACAACACGACAACACACACGUACACAAACUUUUUCCAACUUUCUUUUACUAACAAUUCACCCUAUAUUGUAAAUACACUGAGAAAAAAGGCCACUUUUAUGUAACAAUUACACAUUGCUAUUCACACAACGCAAUCUUUCUUUCAUGUUCAUUUUUCAGAAAAAAAUAUUGAUCCUUUUUAUUUUCAAUAACACUCGCACACUAAUCUUCAACCAUUAUCAAGAUCCAUGUACCAAAAUUUCUCCUGCAAAAGUCAGUCCUCUUUCACAUGAAAGUAAAACCUCUGACACAUAAAUUUAAACCAAUUUGAAAUCAUCCAAAUCAAAACUACAACUCCACACAAAACAGCAAACUCACAACUCAAAACAGGGAAAAAAAGAAAAGAAAUCACGACUCAAACCACCGCGAACCCCCGAAGCUCCGACGAAGACCGACUGCUCCGAGCACUCCGUCAACCGCACCACCGCGCGCAUCCCUCCGACUGCGACGCCGGACAAACUCCCUCGAUCUCACCACAGAGCAAUCUUCAACGCCGCCGUCGCCCGCUCUGAGAGAUAUUCUGGAUUUAUUGAAGGUUAAUAUCCAAGAAGAAGCCAUCACUGCCCUUGUUCAGUUCUAUGAUCUUUCGCUCAAGUGUUUUACCUUCCAGGAUUUCCAACUAACACCUACUUUGGAAGAGUUCGACAAGAUUAUGGGUUUUUCCAAAAUUAAGAAAGAACCCUAUACAGGAAUUGGGAAGGUAGUUAAGGUCGUUGACUUAGCCAAAGCAUUGAGAAUACCCUUCAUAGAUCUAAUUUUAAAUUACAAAUCUGAUGGUGAUGUCCUAGGGAUUAAAAUAUCCUUCUUAGAAUCACAAGCUCUGCCUUAUGCUAAAAAAACAAUGGGAGAUCUGCGGAAAUCUUUUGGCUCUUUUAAUGCUUGGGAUGGUUUUGUUUUCUAGAUUUAUUGAUUAUGUGGACCCUGCUGCUAUCCAUGUGUUUUUGUCUGUGAAAGUUUUUAAAGCGGACCCAACUCCUACUAUACUAGCUAACAUUUAUUAUGCUAUUCAUACCUGUUGUGAGAAAAAGAAAGGAGUGAUGUUUUGUUGCGUUCAUAUACUAUUUUCUUGGUUGGUGUUUCACCUAUAUAAGCUAUUUGGUGAAGGACCUUACUAGGCAUGAAUGGUCACAAAAAUUGAGGGCUCUCAAUGCCGAUUCCAUAUUGUGGUAUGCAAGGAAGCUCAAUUUUGAAAGAAUUGUUUAUAUGUGUGGGAAUUUUCCUAAUGUUCCUUUGAUAGACCUUCCGAAGAUCAAAUCAAAGAGUUAGUUCCCCAUGAUAUGGGGAAAGGAGAUCCAAGAACGCUAAAGAAUGUAAUUCAUGCUUGGAGUUAUGUUUAAAAGAAAAAUUUUGGGCAAGAGAAUGUUAUAGCAAGGGAACCUUAUAUUAAAGGGAUUCUUGAAAAAGUUAAGAAGAAUCAUCUACCAUUUGUUGUGGAUCCUGCGUAUAAGCCCGACACUCCUGAUCCAAUUCUUUUAUCUGUAGAAGAGAGAAGAACUUAGGGCAGCCCUAGAGGCCUCCCAAAAAGAAAAGGAAGGUUUAGAGCUUAAAAUGCAACAACUAACUAAUGAAAGGAGUCAACUACGCCUUGAUUUCAAGGAUAAAAAUAAGGAACUUCAAGCUACUUAGGAAGAAGGGGAGAAAGAAAGGAAUAAAAGGAAACGCACAAUGGAUGGCAUGUUAAGUGCCAAAUUCAAUUUGGUUUCGAAUAAUGAAAGGUUGGAGGAAGCAAAUAUGAAGGCCGCAAAGUGGAAAAAAUACUAUGACCAAGCUCUUAAGGAUAAGAGGGAAGCUGAAGAGGUUUUAGAGUCUUUAGUCCCAGAGCUUGAGGACAAAACUCGAGAGCAAGAGGGGCAGAUAAAAGGCCUUGCAUUUGACCUUCAAGAAAGCCGUAAUUCAGAACAAGGGGAAUGGCUAAGAAGAAUGGCUAUUGAAGAGCUACUCUUAAGUCGUACCACUGAAUAUGAAAGGGCUCUCCAAGCCUUGACUGCACUUAGGGAGACUUUCAUGUGCCAGAGAGAUCUCGUUGAUGAGGUAUGGGCUGAAAGAGAACAUUGGAAAAAGCAAUACACGAUCAUUUCUACUGCAAAUGAGCAUGUUAGCAUUGUUCCCGAACUUCUCAAGGACUACCUAAAGUAUCAAGAAAAGUACGAGAAGAUGGUGUUUUUAUGCAACAAUCUCAUCCAAGACAUUCCCAAGAGUUUGGAGCGUGCAGUCUUCACCAUUUUCCUAAAAAGCUUGAGGAAAUUUUCAACAACUUCAGGAAGAGGAAUAAGUUAA